AUGGUUACAUUAGAGCCAAUUCUUAUUUUCCUGACACUCCUCAUUUCAUCUGGUUUUGCCUGGCCAGAUGCUGCACCAUGUCUUCGUACGACAAUUAAUUCUAUGAAUCCAUUAGAAGCUGCUGAACAUCAAGGAGGUUUACAGUUGACAAAUCCACCUUAUACGAUCGAAGUUAAUCGACGAUGUUAUUGGAAAAAUCAACCUGUACAAUGUAAAUUCUUAAGACUAGACGAUAACGGUUCAUGGCAACAGCAGUGCUUUAGACUAAAGAAUUCUGUUACUCAUUCACACAACGAAAAAAAAAAGGUCAUAACGUUGUGGUGGAAAACAGAAUUGGAUGACACUACAGUGGUAAAAGCACAAAAGGAAUUUUGGGUCAAAUCAGUUGUAUCACCACCCAUCCCGCCCUGCCGUGAGGACAGAACGGGCUCUUUGGCAGUCAAAUUUGUUGCACCAAAACCAACUCCGCCUCCACCGGUAAAAAAAUUUCUACGAAAUGUCAACACAGUAGUAUUUAACGAACUCUUUCUUUUAACAAAACCAUUUUCUAACCGACCAGUCCGAAGAAACUCAGCUUUCACUUAA